AUGCCCUUGGCCAUGGCGUCCCAGGAUGCUCAGAACUUCUUCCAGCCUCUCUCUUCCUGGAUAUCGCAGGUUUAUGAAGCUCUCCAGCAAGCGAGAGAUGCGUUAUCUGCUUCGCUGGUUAACUUCAGCAAACAAGACUCUAAAGGGAGUGACAAGCUAGACCAGGACUUAGAUGAUAUUCAGAUUCAGGAAACUUACUUUGAAGAUGAAGAACAAAGCAAUGACUGGACUCAAGAAGACACAAAUUCCUUGUUUCUUGAAGUGGAUCAUUUCUCCUGUUGUAAUAGUGAUUUGCAGGACUCUGCCCAAAAUUCAAGCCCUAGACUUAGCCAACAUGCAAAGGACUCAUGUUCUGUAGCGUCCCAGUGGCCUAGUCAGACCCUUGAUGACCAAAAGCCACCACAUGUGCUUUCUUCUAUUGCUGAUGAAGAACAUCACCUUGGAAAGCAAAGGAGUGGCCUUCAACAUGACUUUGACAGUCAGCUCUCUGGUAUUUUAGAAAAUGUUAAUGGAAAAAAGCAAGCCCUGGUCUGCUUUGAUCCAGACCGAUUGGCCAUGUUCUUCUGUUUCUCUGGAUUUUCUGGCUCUCUUUUCUCGUGGGCCCUGUGGGAGACUCAUGGCUCUCGUUUGCUUCCAGUUAACAAGUUUGGAGAUGAUGAGGAGCUGUCCACAUCUUCUGACACUGACGAGGAGGUGAUCAAACAAUUUGAGAUUUCUGUGUCCCGGUGGCAGAGUUUGCACUCAGGAGCAUCUGAGAAAGGAAGGCAGGCAGGAUUGGAGCAGAAACCAAAAGCCAGACGCUGGCUCUCCACCCACAAAGAGGACAGCAAGGAAGUCCCUGCCUGCAAAGGUUUGGAUGGAGCCAGCCAACCAAAUUAUUCUGAGCAUCUGUCGUAUGGUGAAGAUGGCCCCAUCUCUGCCCACUCAUGGUCCCCAUCUGAGCUGGGGGACACCAGGCACCAGGGCACAUCUUCCCAAGAGACCUGUGUGGUCCGCUGCCUCAGCCGGCAGUCCACUGAGGGCAGCUUGGAGAUGGAGGCAGCUUUUAAUAACCGAGGAUUUGAAGAUUCCUAUGCCACUGACAGCUCCUCCAUGUGGAGUCCAGAGGAACAGGACAGGACCAGUUUUCAGGUGCCAUCUGGGGUCCCAGAGCCCAUCUCAAAAUGUGGCGACCUGGAUGUCAUCUUUGAAUACAGAGCCGCCAGCCAGAAGCUCACAGUGACCAUUGUAAGAGCACAGGGCCUCCCGGAUAAGGACAGAAGUGGCGUCAACUCCUGGCAAGUUCACGUCGUGCUGCUGCCCAAUAAGAAGCAGAGGGGCAGGACAGGCAUACAGAGAGGGCCCAACCCCAUCUUCAAGGAGAAGGUCACCUUUGCCAAGCUGGAGCCCCGGGAUGUGGCUGCCUGUGCUGUCCGCUUCCGCCUGUACGCUGCCCGCAAGAUGACCCGUGAGAGGAUGAUGGGGGAGGGGCUGUUCUAUCUGAGCCACCUGCACCAAGAAGGGGAAAUGAAAGUGACUCUGGUUCUGGAGCCAAGAAAUAAUAUCAGUGGUGGAGAGUCUCCGCUCAGCCCAUCUGCCGUUUCUCACAGUGACAGUGCUUCAUCCACGCAGUCGCUGUCGCAUGGAGGGGCGCCAGAGCUGUUAGUGGGACUGUCAUACAAUGCCACAACGGGGCGAUUAUCCGUGGAAAUGAUCAAAGGCAGCCAUUUCCGAAACCUCUCUGUUAACAGAGCGCCUGAUACAUAUGGAAAGCUCUUUCUCCUCAAUUCUGUGGGUCAAGAGAUGUCCCGCUGCAAGACAUCCAUCCGGCGUGGUCAGCCCAAUCCUGUCUAUAAGGAGACCUUCGUUUUCCAGGUGGCCCUCUUUCAGCUCUCUGAUGUCACAUUGAUGAUUUCCGUGUAUAACAGGCGUACCAUGAAGCGCAAAGAGAUGAUUGGUUGGAUUGCUCUGGGCCAAAACAGCAGUGGAGAGGAGGAGCGAGACCACUGGGAGGAAAUGAAGGAGACCAAAGGGCAGCAGGUCUGCAGGUGGCACACUUUGCUUGAAUCCUAGGUUUGCCAACAGGUAUUUGUGGGCCACACCCACUGGGGAUCUGAGUUUUGAUUAUUGGUACCAACUCAGUGCAUGUUUGCAGACCUUUUAAAGACAGGCUUUCAAUAGGAAUCAGAUUCUACUGACCCCUAGGGCAUUCGGGGCAGUAGGGAGGAUCUUUGGGUUUCUCAAAGGUUUGAUUUGGCUUUAAAUACUGUAAUUUUGAAAGACCCCAUAUGCACUCUUGAGCACACUUUAUGGGAAAUGUUAUAGUAGUUGAGAUGAAUGAUGAUGAGUUAAUUUGUGUUAAUAGAUUAUUGAGUUUUUGUUCAGGCUCUGGAAGAAAGCUUCCCUGGCUGUCUUUGCUUGAAAAGUAACCUGAGAUUGCAAGGGAGCUGUUAAAUGUUACUAUUUGUAACCACUUGCGUGUAUGAAUCAGAAUUUUCUUAAUGUGGUGCAAAACACUCCAAAAUACAGAAAUGAAUCUGAUGCCAAGCUCAUAAAAGAAUGUAACUAUCAUCCAUAAUCCCCUAUUUCUCAUUUUCCUCUUUAUCAAAGAAAAACCUUUCAUUUAUUUGCCUAACAAAUAAGUGUUAUAAACUUACACUUAUAGAGCAGAUUUGUAUGAAUUAAAUACCUCUUUUUAUCUCAUAUAUGGUGGUUUCCUAUGAGAUUUGG